ACUCCAGUGAUUCCUCUCUGUGCGCUCAGCGGGAUCCAAACCUCAGUACAGGCCCGAAAAACUGUUGAGCGCAGCCUUCAUCUGGACAAGUGAAGCCGGCUCCAGCUGCCAAGAUGAUGGAGCUGCAGAUAGACGAGGUGGUCUACCAGGACGACUACGGCUCCGGCCUCGUCAUGUCGGAGCGCGUGUCGGGCCUGGCCAACUCCAUCUACCGGGAGUUCGAGCUUAUACGCAGCUACGACGAGGAGGUGGUGAAGGAGCUGAUGCCGCUGGUGGUGAACGUCUUGGAGAACCUGGACGCGGUGCUGACAGAGAACCAGGAGCACGAAGUGGAGCUGGAGCUGCUGAAGGAGGACAACGAGCAGCUCAUCACCCAGUACGAGAGGGAGAAGGCGCUGCGCAAAACAGGCGAGGAGAAAUUCAUCGAAUUCGAGGAUGCGUUGGAAGCAGAGAAGAAGGACCUGCAGAUGCAAGUGGAGUUUCUGGAGCUGCAGGGAAAACAGCUAGAGCUCAAAACAAAGAACUACUCUGAUCAGAUCACUCGGCUGGAAGAGCGAGAAUCAGACACGAAGAAAGAGUACAACGCUCUGCAUCAGCGCCACACCGAGAUGAUUCAGACGUACGUCGAGCACAUAGAGCGGUCCAAAAUGCAGCAGGCGGGGAGCAACAGCCAAUCAGAAGCCCCUGGCUGUGGACGAACCAAAGCGGAGCGCCCGCCGUCGUUGAGCCUGUACCCCAGCGGCGAGGGCAUGGUACGUGGGGGUCUCGGGGGGGCUAGGAUGAUGCCCGGGAAAGACAUCUGGCAGGUCAGCGAGCUCGGCCAACCUACCUUCACCUCCGCCUAUCAGGUGGGACAGACGGACGGAUCAGAAUCCGACUCGGUGGCGGCAACACCCAGCAGCACAGGAAGCAAGUCCAACACGCCCACCUCCUCCGUCCCCUCUGCCACCGUCACCCCCAUCAACGAGGGAUUCCUGCCACCCUCCGAGUUCGACGUCAUGCGAUCCGGGAACCGCAGGAAAAGUGCCAAGCGUCUCAGCCGGAAUAUGGAAGUGCAAGUCUCCCAGGAAACCAGGAAUGUCAGCAUCGGAAUGGGAAGCAGCGAUGAAUGGUCAGAAUUUCAGGAGAUCAUUGAUUCCACCCCUGAGCUGGACAUGUGUGUGGACCCCCGAGUGUACGGAGGCGGAAACAGCCCCUCUCAGGGCAUAGUUAACGAGGCCUUCGGCAUCAACACCGACUCCCUCUACCACGAGAUCAAAGACGCCAAGUCAGACAUCAUCGGAGAUGUUGAUGCAGGUGCAGAGCUACUAGGCGAGUUCUCAGUCCGUGAUGAUUUCUUCGGGAUGGGCAAGGAGGUGGAGAACCUGCUGACAGAGAACAAACAGCUCCUAGAGACCAAAAACGCUCUGAACAUUGUGAAAAACGACCUUAUUGCCCAAGUGGAUGAGCUGUCGGGGGAGCAGGAGGUGCUGAGGGAGGAGCUGGAGGCGGUGAGGCAGUCCAAGAACAAGGUGGACGCAAGAGUCAAAGAACUGGAAGAAGAACUUAAGAGGUUAAGAGCAGAAGCUCUCGGCGCGUCCAGAGAUUCUAAGGAUGAAGGAGGUGAUGAUUUUUCAUCACCAAUGCAAGAUGGCGACAUGACAAUGACCCAGCGGCGGCGGUUCACUCGGGUAGAGAUGGCCCGAGUGCUGAUGGAGAGGAACCAGUACAAAGAGAGGCUGAUGGAGCUGCAGGAGGCUGUACGGUGGACGGAGAUGAUCAGGGCGUCUCGGGAGAGUCCUCCAAUCCAAGAGAAGAAGAAGUCCACCAUCUGGCAGUUCUUUGCUCGUCUCUUCAGCUCUUCGUCCAGCCCUCCACCGGUCAAGCGGCCAUAUUACAGCGUCAACAUCCACUACAAGUCGCCGUCGCCGGCUGGUUUCUCUCAGCGACGCAGCCACACCAUGUGUCAGAUCUCCACCUCCAACCGAACACUGGAGUUCUUCCCUGAAGAUGACUCGGCACUGUUGGCCCGCCGAGAGCAGCGGCGUGAACAGUACCGGCAGGUCCGAGAGCACAUGCGCCGCGACGACGGCAUCAUGCAGGCCUGUGGAUGGAGUGUGCCGUCCAGAUUCAAACAGACUGGUGGUCAGACGGACAGCGCUCAGGACAGCCCGCUGAAAAGACAACAGACCACCAACGAGAAAGAGGACAACCGCAUGAAGAAUGUUCCUGUUCCAGUUUACUGUCGCCCCCUGGUGGAGAAGGACCCCAACAGGAAGCUAUGGUGUGCAGCUGGAGUGGACCUGACGGGAUGGAGGGCCGGCAGCCAGGAGUCGGCACCGAGCAAAACGGCGUCAGGUAGCAGCGACCCUCUUCAUGCUGAGGAAGAUGGAGGAGAUAAGCAGAGCAGCCACACAUCUCCAGAGAAGAGGAAGUCGAAGGAGCUCCAGGAAACUGACACCAUGAGCAGUCGAGUGUGGAUCCUCACCAGCACUCACUCUGCCAGCAAGGUGGUCAUCAUCGAUGCCAACCAGCCUGGUUCACUGGUCGACCAGUUCAACGUCUGCAAUGCCCACGUGCUCUGCAUCUCCAGUGUGCCAGCUGCCAGUGAAAGCGAUUAUCCACCCGGAGAGAUCGUGUUGGAUCCAGGUGACGGUGGAGCCGGUUUGGUAGACGACACCGGCAGCAUGGAGGGCAUGUUGGCCGGCAUCACGCUGGUGGGCUGUGCCACCAACUGCAGCGUCGCUCGUAGCAACUGUUCUUCGCGCACUGACACGCCCAUCAUGGACAAAGGACAAGCUCCCACAGCUCCCCCCAUGAAUGGGAAGAUCCACCCUGCACAGUCGGCUGAGGAAGCCACGGAGGCCACAGAGGUUUCAGAGUCAACAGCCAGCCAUACAGAAAUGGGACCUCCAGGACCAUUUACCGAACACGUUUUUACCGAUCCUCAGCCUCGUCCAACAGAUUCCUCUGACAGGAGCUCAGGACUGUCCAAGGAGGAAGCAUCUCAGCCUGCAGAGUCGGAGGAUGGAGGAGACGAGGCCAAAAACUACACCAGCGUGGCCCCCACCAUGUGGCUCGGAGCCCAGAACGGCUGGCUUUACGUCCACUCAGCUGUUGGAAACUGGAAGAAGUGUCUCCACUCCAUCAAACUCAAAGACUCGGUGCUCAGUCUAGUGCACGUUAAAGGUCGUGUGCUGGUCGCCCUCGCUGAUGGGACAUUUGCAAUAUUCCACAGAGCCGAGGAUGGCCAGUGGGAUUUGUCCAACUACCACUUCAUGGACCUUGGCCGACCUCAUCACUCCAUCCGCUGCAUGGCCGUGGUCCACGAUAAAGUGUGGUGCGGCUACAAGAACAAGAUCCACGUCAUUCAGCCCAAAACCAUGCAGAUCGAGAAGUCCUUCGAUGCCCACCCUCGCAGGGAAAGUCAGGUGCGGCAGCUGGCGUGGAUCGGCGACGGUGUUUGGGUGUCGAUCCGGUUAGACUCCACUUUGCGUCUUUACCACGCACACACACACCAGCACCUGCAGGACGUAGACAUCGAGCCGUACGUCAGUAAGAUGCUCGGUACUGGAAAGCUUGGCUUCUCUUUUGUGCGAAUCACGGCACUUCUGAUUGGUGGAAAUCGUCUUUGGGUGGGGACUGGAAACGGUGUCAUCAUCUCCAUCCCUCUGACAGAGACGGUGGUCCUUCACCGGGGACAGCUCCUGGGUUUGAGGGCCAAUAAGGUAUCUCCCACGUCGUCCGGUGGGGUGAUCCAUGUGUACGGCGACGACGGUGGAUCCGAGAAGAGCAGCGGCAGCUUCAUCCCCUACUGCUCAAUGGCGCAGGCCCAGCUGUGUUUCCAUGGACACCGGGAUGCAGUCAAGUUCUUCGUAUCUGUACCGGGCAAUGUUCUGGCCACCCUGAACGGCAGUGUGCUGGACAGUCCAUCGGAGGGUCAGGGAUCCACGGCGCCCACAGAGACGGAGGCGCAAAGUGUUCAGAAUGUGUUGGUGCUGAGCGGAGGAGAAGGUUACAUCGACUUCCGUAUAGGGGAUGGAGAGGACGAUGAGACGGAGGAAGGAGACAGUUCUGCCGUUGCGGCUUCGCAAAUGAAACCUGGUUUAUCCAAAGCCGAACGGAGCCACAUCAUCGUCUGGCAGGUGUCUUAUGUACCUGAGUGACACCUGGACCUGCUUUAACACCCUGCCCACCCAUCUCCUUAAAGAAACCUCCUCCUGCCCCAAAGCUUCCAGCCACCCAAACCUUGUAAUUUUCCCCCGGUCAUGUAAAAGUUCCCCUUUCUUGGCUCUAAAACGACCCUCCAAGCCGUGUAUCGUCCCCUGUAACUAUUAUAUCCCCUCCUGCCCCGUCACCUUGUAACUUUAAUGCCUUGUAAGUACCUCCUCUGAUCUAGUAAUCUGCCUGCCAUCCUGUUUCUGUCCCACCCAGGGCAUUGUAACUAUCUUCAUGAGCCUUGUAACCCAGCCUCAUAACUACCUCCCCCCUCUGUAUCGAUCUUAUAUUCACCCUGUAAGCACACUGUAUCUCCUCCUAUAUUUACCUCAAUUGUCCUGCAUCUGCCCCUAAACUUACUCCUCAACUUCCUCCAUUUAGUUCUGUGAAACCCCCACUUCAUCUUAAAGCAAAGCCCGGAGCCCCAACAUGCAUCACAUGCAUAAAAAGUAAAAGAUAAAAGAGCAGCAGCAGGUGCAGCAAUGCGAAUGACAACAUUGACAUGCAUUUUCAUGAGAAAUCUUAUUUUUUAACAGCCAACGGAUCCUGUUUAAAUGGAGGUAAUGAUGCAGAUGAGGUGUUUAUGGUCUUUGUAGGGGGGAGCAGCAUGCUGAAGUCUUGGUGUAAGAUUGUAGUUAAAGAUGUCUGACUUUGUUGGAAUUUGAAGUGAAGAUGAGCAAAUUACUACCUGUCAAAUUCAGCACAGAAAUCUAGGUUCUUCUGGCUGUCAACUGAAAUAUUUCACAUCCCAUCUUGCCGUCACCUCUUUUUGAAGUGUCCUGAUUGUUUCACAAGUGUGUGGUUACAAACCCAGUGACAGGAAAUAUUGUGAUGUGCCUGCAGCAGCGAGACAAAUUCAGAAUGAGUCCAGUCGAAGGGGGUUGAGUUUAACACGUCCAAAACUCUUUUCUCUCAUCUGACUGGCUGUUGAUGGGACGGUUCGAUGUGCAGCAGGUGAACGGUGGCGUGAAGUCAUUACAUGUACGAGGAUUACUGUAAAUCUCCAGACGCACUGAAGCCCAUCCUCUUUGUUCGAUAUGGAAAUUCUUGCAUUGAUCUUUAUCUGUGUGGAUUAAAUAUUAAACAUUUGUGUGCUGAAAACAAUAA